AUAUCAAUGCGCAGUGUCUGUGACACACAAGCACACUCACAUCUCACUUGGAUUCCGACAGAGGAAGAAGAUAGAGGGGAUGAAAACAGUAGGCAGCAAGAUUAUAAAUGUAGGGCAAGAAAAGGAGUAAAGAAGAAGCAGAAGAAGAGAAGUUGAAUAGGCAGAGUAGGGGGAACAGUUGGAGAGGGGGCAAUGGAGAAAAAGUCUCUAAUGGGGGGGAAGAAGAAGAGAUUUGAAAUAUUUCAAGGAAAGAGAAACAUUAGUGCAAAAGAUACAAUUCCAUACGUUGGUGUCCUGGGUCUGUCUGCAAACAACAUUGUUUGCUUUCUUUUUUCUUUUUCAAUUUGAAUAGGACUGUGCAGUUUUAAAAAAUCUUAUUUUUUUGGGUAUAAUUGUCUACACUGUAUUAGAUUUCUAGAAGCAAAGAAGUAAAUGUGCAGAUGAUUUUUUAAGGAGUAUACUGUAUUAUUUUAUGGCUAAAUCUCUUAUGCAUAUACUACAUAUUGUACUAAAAGUCAGUGACUAUUCAGUUGUAGAUAUAUUCAUUGGUGAGAUCAGUCUGUGCCAUUUCAGUGGAGUUUUGAGCAAAUUCUGCCUGCUUGUGUAUGUACUGUAUAUGUAUAUAGUACAGCUUUGGCUCUAUAAUUAGAUGUUAAUAUCGAAGGGAUGCGUGGGGUGUAAUUCUGUUUCACUACGUGGAUUACCAUUCUGUGCAUUUUUGUGUACAUGGGUAAAUAAUUUUUUGGAUAUUGCAGUGUGUGUGAUUUAUUCUUGUCAGCGUGCUGUUGUGAUGCACAGUUGUGUGUUUAUUUUUCAAACACAGUUGUUUACAUAGCCCUAACCUGUUGGUGAGCUUUUAUCUUAUUGUUGCUGCCCACCGUUGUACAUAAAUAACCUUUGUAUAUGGGCAUAUUUGUGUGUAUUUGUCAUAGUAUUUUGGCUAUUUUAGUGUUUUUGAAGGCUAUGUAACUAUAGCGCUCAGCUAGGGAUAGCUAUAGAAGUAUUUAUUGGUCCUUUACUAUGUUAUUUUAAAGUGUUUCAUUGUGUGCGUAUGCAGCAGACUGUUUAAUUUAUCCUUGAAACUGGUGUCUCCAAUGUGCUGGGGUUUCCUUUCAGGAAAAUAUUAAUUUGUUGGUGUAUGAUUGUAAAAACUGCUAGUGUAAAGUGAGUGGUAGUGUGGUACAAAAGUGAGCUAGUGUAUCUGCCAUUGAGAUGGGAGGCCAUGAACUUUACAUAGUUCUACUUCUUUUAACAGUAACAGUGGUGGAAGGACACUGCCCACCUAAAAUCACAUGCAUCCUGAAGAAGAGAGAGAUGUGCACCCCUGGUGGAUAUGACUGUGGCCCUUGUAGGUCUCCAUACAUGGAGACAGCAAGUGGGAAAUGUAUAUUACAAGCAAAAAGGCCAAAGUUUACUGGACCUGAUGCAAUAAUUGACUUUCUGCAAAACAUGUUGAACUCUAUGAAUGAAGCCGGUCUUGCAGCUCCUAGUACCACAGUUAACCCAGCUGCAGCCAUUUUCACAUCUCCCUCCUUACAACCUUUAUUUCUCAAUAACUCCACUAUGGCGGAAACCAUGAAACCUACUUCUACAACUUCUCCAGCAAGUGGAAAAAAUACAAAAGUUAGUGGGAGAAAGAAGCCUUUCAACCAGAACUUUUCACUAACUCUGAUCGUAAUCUGCAGCCUGACUGGGGUCUCAGGAAUAGUUGUUGUUGGCCUCUGCUGGUAUCGUUUACAGAAGGAAGUGCAACUGGCACAAAAAUCAGCAUAUACCACAUGCUCAGACCGUCGCCAGCACAUUUGCCACAGGUCUGUUGGUCACAUUUCCCAUUACAUUCAACAGUAUCAGAACAAGAAACAACAGCUUCAGGCACAGGAAAGGUCAUCAGUGCAGCCUUAUCGUCAGCUCUCCACUGACUCUGAACCUGACACUGACGAUUGUUCUAUCUAUGAAUGUCCAGGCCUAGCUCCGACAGGAGAAAUGGAAGUUCACAACCCACUUUUUGAUCCAGUAAAGACUACAAAGUGAUGCCAUUUUCAGUGGAUUCCUGCAUCUUGGAUAUUAUUUUCUUUGAAUGCAUGUUUUUUUCAUUUUUACAUUGUGUAUCUUACUGAAAAAUAAAGUAUUGCGUCAACAUCUUA